UUCGCCUGCUGUGGUUUCAGUUAUUUGAGUUUAGUCGUGGCUGUCACAGCUCCUUCUCUGCCUAAAACACAUAAACGGAAUAAAAGGAAAUUGAAAAGAAAAAAAAUCAGUAAAAUAUUGCAGUGCGGAACAGCAAACCUGAAUAAGCUAAAUAAAGUAACAACACACAGCAAAGAAAGAAAGAAAAAAAUUAAAACAAAGUGUCAAAUCACCAACAAAAGCUGAAAGAAAUCGUUGUAACCUAGAAAUCGCAAAGAAAUAAAACGGUCUAUAGCAAUCUGUUCUGCUGGCAUUUAAAUUGAAAGCAAAUUCAACAUCCCAAAUAAUUAGCUACAAAGUGUAACAUUUUGUAAAACCAAACCAGACGUUGCAUCAAGUGUUUUGAAAAUUAUUCAAAUCCAAAGAAGAAGAAGAAAAAGAAUCAAAACAGUGACUGUUUUAUAGAAAGCCAAUAAUUGUUAAUUGUACAUUUAAUGCACAAUAUUUACAAAAACUUCAUAAUCCAAUCUUUGAAAGAUAUCAGAACCAGAAAUUUAAAACAAAACACAAUAAGUUUUAAAUUUUGGGAAAAUUUCAAAAAACUUAAAAGUUAAAAAACAAAACAAAGCCCACAAAGCAAAUCACAAUUGCUAUAUUGGAUUAUUAUUUUUAUUGAACCGCAAAGGACAAAUAAAUAAAAAGCCACAACAAUGUCUUUAGCCAGUGUACAGGGUCCACAAUUCACCGAUAUCUGUCCAUUGGGACGCACUAGUCUCAGUAUGUCCUCCUCUUUGUCGGAUUUGGUUGGCAGUCCCUUGGAAAUUUCCAUGGACAAUGUCUUGACCAUUGAAGAGCUGCGUCAACAUAUGGGUUCCUGUUUUACCUGCGGUGUUUCGUGGACCGAUGAUCACGUCUCGUUAGACUGCAGUGAAUGCGGUGGCUAUAGUGUAGAACGUCCCUGCCCCCUGUGUGAUGGCCAAUGUGGCGUCCAAUGGAAACGUGAUUUUACAAUGUCACAUGCCUGCGGUAAAGCUCGUUGGUUGGGUGUGUGUCCCACUUAUCCCGAAGCAGCUGCCCACUUUAAUGCCACCACCUCUGCAACCACCACCAUUACAAAUGCCUGCAAUCCCAGUGCCGCUUCCUGUGCUGCAGCUGCUGCCACUCAAAUGCGCUUGGCCACAGAGUUGUGUGCCCGCCUGGAACAGUUAUCGGCCUCGGCUGGCUCAUCAACAAAUCACAUAUGAGUCAAUGGCCGCCAACAUCCUCAUUCAAGAACAUCAUCCACGCCAUUGAAGACACACACACACACAUAACCAUCAUCAACUUAAAUUUAGUUAAACCAGAAAGAAAAAAAGAAGAAUCCGAAGAACCCUGCUCACUGUCGUACAACCAAGGGCUUCCCCAGGAAAUCUCUUAAAUGAAUAACAUGAAGUUCCAACGGUUCUGUACCAAAAAAAAACAUGUGGCUGCUCAAAUACGCUUCACACCCCCGAUUCUUCUUUAGUUUCUUAAAAUAUUAUUUUGUAAUAUUUUUGUAUAAUUUAAGUAAUCACUAAGUUUUAAGUUAUCCUCGCCGCUACAACAACCUCCUACCCGCCCGCAUCUCCCCCCAUUGAAACAUCUUAAGAUAUAAGUACGGUUUAGUUGAGAGGAAAAAAAUUACAGCUUUUUUGUAAUUGUAAGCCACCAGUUACUAAAUGGGUAUCAUCAAAACAACAAAACAAAGAAACCAAGAACUAGUCGCUUGUUUUUCGAUCUUCAAAGAAAACGGAAGAGAAACGAUUACAUCCAUGCCUGCAUUGACUGACUGACUGCUCCACUAAACGAAAUCUAAACUAUAAGUGAAAAAAGACUAUUGCUUUAAGUUAUAUGAUAUUAAAACAUAGAGAAAUUGGAAGAAAACCUAAAAGAAAAUAGAAAAAAUAUAGAAAUGUGUUUUUUUUUUUUCGUUCCUUUUUUGUAAGCCAGAGAAUAGAAAACAAAGAACUCUAUAUGCUGCGUACCUACCUAUCUAUCCAAUAAAAAGUAAAACACAAACAAAUGUAUGUAUGUAAAUGUAUUUAUGUUUUAUAUAUAUAGAAACUAUAUAAUAAAAAGAAAAUUUCAAAACA